AUGGCGGAGGAGGCCGCGGCGCUCCGGCAGCGCCGGCCCGCGGUGCCCUCCGCGGUGGUGCCCCCGCGGCCGCAGCGCGACAAGCUGCCGCCCCUCCGGCCCGCCUUCCACACGCCGGCGUCCGUGGCAGCGGCCGGGGCCGCCAAGGCCAUCUACCUGAAGAGGAACCCCGCGGCGGUGGACAGGUACGCGGACGCGAAGGUGCCGCCGAGGAGCAGUUCGCAGGGCGCCCUGCCGAGGCACGCUGGCUCGAGCGCCGCGGAGGUGACCGCCUCGACGACCGCCAGCAGCGAGCGCGUGCGCGUCCGCUCCGCCUCCGCCUCCGCCCUGGGGAGGCAGCCCCCGCCGCGCGACGACGAGGAAUUCGAUGCCCUGUCGCUCAGCGCCGCCAAGCGGCAGCUCGAGCAGCUGCUGGGCUCCCCGAUCUUCGGCGCCAGCGGCGACGACGGCGCGCCCGCUCCCGCCGCCGCGGAGCGCGGCUCCCGCGGCGCCGCGCCGCCCGGGGCCGCCGCCUGCGCCGCGCCCGCCGGCGCGGCGCCGCCGGGCGCGCAGCCCGAGCCCGAGCCUGUCGCCUGCGCUGCGCCCGCCGGCGCCGCGCCGCAGGGCGCGCGGCCCGAGCCCGUCGCCAGCGCCGCGCCCGCUGGCGCGGUGCCGAGCUACCUGGCCGCUUGCCGCCUUGACGCCGGCAGCCUGAGCUCGUGGCAGAUGGGCUGCGCUGCCUCGAACAAGACGGCGCACCCGCAGACCCUGCUGAGCCUCAGCGCCCUGGCAAACCUCCUCGCGGACACCGCGCGCCCGCAGGAGGCAGAGCCGCUGCUGCGGGAGGCCCUGGACGGCCGCCUCCAGCUGCUGGGGCGGGACCACCCCGACUGCCGCCGCGCCGAGGCGGACCUGGCUGCGCUGGUGCAGCGGCUGGAAUCGCCCACGCCGCCGCCGUUGGUCUCCGCCGACGUGGCGCCCCCGGGCGGGGCUGGAGGGUGGCUUCCCGCCAUGGAGCGCAGUUCGGCUAAUGGAGCGCGGCCGCCAGCGGCGCCGCGAGGGUGGGGCAUUCAGGUAACCAGGGCUGUCAAGAGGGAAGCGGCCUUCGCAGAGUCCCCGGAGACCUACCAGGCAACCCUUGGCAAGCAAGGGGCCACGCGCCGAGGGCGCGCCGUGGCCGCGCCCCCGUGGCCCUCGCCGGCCGCCCUCGCCCGGCAUGCUCUCAGAUAUUGCGCGCCCACGCAGGCGCGGGGGCUUGAGGUGUCUCUGGAGCUCUCGCAUCUCAUGCCCAUGGGUGGGGCCAGCAACUACCGCGUCACGUUCAAACGUUCCGCGGUGCUGGUGCCGUUGCUGCUGAUGGGCUAUCGGGUGGGCGUUGUGCCUAGCGUCGGUCUCCCGUUCGGCCUGCUGGUGGUGUUCGCCGACGCGCUGUUGUCGAAGCAGCCCGACGGGCACCCAGGUCCUGCCGACAGCCACGCGUCAUUCGUCCGGAGCCUGUCGUUCCAGCACCGCCUCCGCGUCUGCAACGCCUACCCCUACUUCGCCGCCCUGGACGUGCUCGUGGGCGAGACCAGCCUCACGCAAAGCCCGCUGAAGUACAAGAGCUGCCAGGACUUCUUCCCCUCGAUGCACCUGGGCGACCGCAUCAACUUCCAGGUCGAGGAGAACACCGUCGGCACUUUCACCAUCACCGAGCUUCCAGAGAACGACGCGGUGCUUCUCAUGGUGAUCCACCGCCACGACGCGGACAGCACCGCGGUGUCCUUUCAGUCCCACGUGUUCUCGAACCAGAAGGCGGCGCAGAUCGCCAUCCUCGACACCUACAAGGGCCUGGCCAAGUCCGACCUGCGCAUCAAGGACGCGCUGCCCAGAAGGUCCAACAGGAGCGAGGUCCUGCGCUACGACAGCGUCGUCGCUGUGGACCCCGGCGACUACGAGGUGAUGCUCGAAGCUGGCCCCAGCGGGAACGCCACGAUGCUCUCCACGGCCACCCUGGAGGCGAAGCCCGGGGAGGCGUACGUCGUGAUCCGCUGCGGCGCGGAGGCGCACUUCGGCGAGGCGUACCCGCAGUCGCUGAUGGUGUACCCGCCUGGGCCGCCAGAGAGCGCCUUCCUGAAAAGCGGGCAAGCUGGUCGGCGACUGGAGCAUUCUCGGUGCUGGCGGGAGUGCUGUUGGCCCUGGCUUCUCCGUGAGGCGUUGCGGCACAUGUGCUUUCCGAUGCCGACA